GCCACGUGACCCCCAGCUUCCUUCAGCCGGCGUACCCUGUCGGUCUGUGAACGCGUGAUUUUAUCCGCUCUCUCUGGAUUCCCGCCAGCAGCGCGCACGUCUCCUCUUAUAACUGCGGUGGCAGCACGUUGGCAGCCGUCACAUUGGAUACUCCGCGCGGAAGGAUUAACCACAGAAGCGAGCCAUGUCGACAGUGACGGAGACCGUGACGCAGGAGCUACCAGCCCCCAAGCCGUACAAGAUGGAGAUAGUAUGGCGCAAUGUGAUCCUCAUGGGGAGCCUGCACAUGAUCGCCCUCUACGGUUUCUACUUGAUUUUCUUCGCCGUGCAGUGGAAGACCGUGCUCGCCGCGUACAUCUUGUACACGUUGUCCGGCAUUGGAAUAACAGCUGGUGCCCACCGCCUGUGGUCUCACAAGUCGUACAAAGCUAAACUGCCCUACCGCAUCAUGAUGAUGAUUUUACAGACCAUGGCAUUUCAGAACGAUAUCUAUGAAUGGGCGAGAGAUCACAGGAUGCACCACAAGUACUCUGAAACAACUGCCGACCCACACGAUGCGACGCGCGGCUUCUUCUUCUCUCAUGUCGGCUGGCUUCUGGUUCGCAAGCACCCAGACGUGCGCGCCAAGGGCAAGAACAUCGACAUGAGUGACCUCAUGACUGACCCAGUCGUUCGUUUCCAAAGAAAGUAUUACUUGCCCAUGAUGGCUGUCAUCUGCUUCGUGCUCCCCGCUGUGCUGCCAUGGUGGCUGUGGGGGGAGACGCUGUGGAAUGCCUACAUAGUCUGCUCUCUGACUCGCUACUGCUUCACCCUCAACAUGACGUGGCUAGUGAACAGCGCAGCUCACAUGUGGGGCAACCGACCGUACGACAGGCACAUCAGCCCUCGGCAGAACCUGGUGACCAUUGUGGGCGCCCACGGCGAAGGCUUCCACAACUACCACCACACAUUCCCCUACGACUACCGCACCAGCGAGCUGGGUUGCAGAAUAAACACGACCACGUGGUUCAUCGACUUCUUCGCCUGGCUCGGCCAGGUGUACGAUCGCAAGGAGGUGCCCACGAGUGUGGUGGAGCGACGCAUGGAGCGCACAGGCGACGGCACCCGGGGCCUGACAGCGGGCACGCGCAGCUACUGACAGCGACACAGCCCGGCCUCGACCACCUGUGGGCCCUCUCCUGUCUCUUCUGUUCCUCAUUUGGGUGGGCGUGCUCCGACAAGUCAACUUCCGCGUCUGUCGUAUGGAACUUGCGAUUGGUAGUUCAUGCUGCAGUGCGAGGACGUCGGUCAGCUCAUGUAGACCUCCUCGUUGGUAUAGGAGCUGCAGGUGGAAACAUUCCCAUUAUUAUGCCAAGACGGGGCAACUUGGAUGGCAGCCAUGUUGUGCCGAACUGUCUGCCUCGCAUCGGUGCCCCCGCCGUCCGAUUCAGGCCCCGGUAGAAGCAUGAAAAUCAACGCUGUAGUGUUUCUCGUUAAGGCGUAGAUAAAGUAGGCCAAAUGAAAUAAAGCAGCCCACUAUAACCGUAUUGGGUGGAGUAGCCAACUAGCGAUCCAAUGUUUGCCUCUUUGUGUUUCACUGAAUUUGUCUUGGCGUAGGGCAUCUUGGUUGCACGAGAUCCGAAGAUACGUAUUCCUAGCUUAAACACAUUCAUUGCGCAGUUGUCACAGGCACUCCUUUGGAGGAAUCUGUCAUAUUUCAGCCAUAAAAUAGUGCGUAUCGCCAGUCGAAUUAUUGAAGGUUGAUUAUAAAUGGCAUAUGUGUAUGAUGCAACGUGUAAGAAAUGUGUAUAUGCAGCAAAAUCUAGCUGGAUACCUUUUAUUCAAUGGGUUAAAUGCCAGGAUUAAUUUAGAUCGAUGAUGAGCACCUGGUAUUGUCUUGGCCAAUUUCGAGUACAACUAGGCAUGUCCUUAUGCCGGGCAACUACUGGACACUCAGUAUAUGUGCACAGCAGCCACCCAAAGUCACAUGGAGUUCUUAUAUGUAUAUUCAGCAGGCAAGAAGCCUUCUCAUGUUCUGUGAUAGUUGUCUCGUGUAUUUAAGUUGAUGUUGUGUGAAAUGUGACUUACUUUAUAAUGUAUACAACAGCUACAAGCACCAGUGAAUAAAAUUCCCAAGUGAUAAAA